AUGAGCACCUCUACCAAAAUUCAACCCUCUUCCUCUCCUCAACUUAUCGAAAAUGCCGAUCAACCAAGCUAUUCAGCAAGCCCCGAGCCCCGCAAAUCAACAUACAGAAUCCUCAGAGAUGCCGGAUUUCGCAGCAUGAACGAUUUCAUGUUCUCACAUGGAUUGAAAUUACAUAACGAUGAAGAUCUAAAAAUGGGAAAAGAAAUGAUCGAGAGGAUGAAGGAGGAGGAUUUGAGGGGGGAGGAUCUGAGAAGAUUGGAGUUUAGGGCGGCUAAAGAUGAGGAAGAUGUCAGGGAUGAACGAGAUACGGAGAGCUCGGGAGAAGAAGAUGAUAUCGUUGAAUUGAUCGGGGGUUUGGAGGUGGUUAGUGAUGAGGAAGAAGAACGUGGUGUAAUGGAAUCAAUCGGAUUCGCGGACGUGGUUAGUAGUAACGAAGUGAAUGAUGGGAUCCAGGUUUCUGGGGUUGAGAUUGUGGAGGAACUGGAUAGGGUUUCAUCUCGGGAAGAAUCGGAUGAAAGCGUUGAUGUUGAUGUUGAUGUUGAUGUUGAUGUUGAUGUUGAUGUUGAUGGAGGUAUGGUCGAUGAUGAUAAUGUAGGCGAGGAUUUUGGCUAUGAAUAUUUCAGUGGUGGAGAUGAUGGUUAUGAGGAUUUUGAGGAUGAUUUUGAUGAAGAUUUUUUCUACGAUGCUUAA